ACCUUUUCCUCUCCUUUCACUCGCUCUCAGUUCUCGGUGAGGCCGGCGGGGCGGAUCCAACGUUACAUUGGAAUAGAAACCAAAAGGCAACUAAAUCAACGCUUCGGCUUAUUAACUUCUGACGAUUGCUUUUCUCCCUUGUGGAUAUAUUGCUCAUAAAGAUGCCCUCGGCAACAAAUGGCACCAGGACUGUGAAGUCUGCCAGCCCAGACUUGGUGUCUGGUCCUGGAUCAAUGAACCAAAACACAGCCAGCAACCAGCUGACUGGAACCCAGUCAGAGGCCAUGAAGCAGGUGCUGGUGGUUCUUGAGAAGAAAGUCCGCAAUAUGGAGAAGAAAAAGAGCAAGCUUGAUGAUUACCAGGCCAGGAAUACCGGCGGAGAGCGUCUCAACCAGGACCAGUUGGAAGCACUGUCUAAGUAUCAGGAAGUACUCCAUAAUCUGGAAUUUGCACGGGAGCUGCAUAAGAGCUUUUUGGCAUUGGGUCAAGAAAUCCAGAAGACGGUUAAGAAAGCGGCACGCCGUGAACAGCUCCAGCGAGAAGAGCUGGAGCAGAAGAGGCUGAAGAAGGUUCUGGAGUUGCAGUUUCUUCUGGACCGACUUGGGGAUGAAAGCGUGCGGCAUGAGCUGUUGCAAGAAGCUGGAGGUCCCUCUCUCCUUACCGAGGGUGACCUAACAGCCCUGGAUGAGUUUUACAAACUGGUGGGGCCUGAACGUGACCAAAACAUCAGGUUGCCUGACCAGUAUAAUGAAGCAUCUCAGCACUUAUGGGAACUUUUGGAGGGCAAGGACAAGCCCGUAGCAGGAACAACAUAUAAAGCACUGAAUGAGACGUUGGAGCGAGUUUUGGAGAGCGGAUACUUUGACAGAGUGCAGUCUCAUCAGAAUGGAGUUUGUGCAGAGGAGGAAGAGCAGAGUGCUGCAAUCGAGGUGUCUGAAGCAGACGAGCACCCUGCAGACACAAAGAGUGAAAUGACAGAAGAGUAUACAGACCCCAUUCCGAUUGAACCAACAGAGUUUGUAAAUAGGCAGUUAGUUUCAGAGACCUCAUACAGUAGUGGAGACAAUGAGCAAGGAGAAGAAUGGAGUGUAGAAACGCAGGUGGUACACUCCAUGCAGCAGCCGGAGCAGACUGCUCCUUCCCCAGUUGUCUCAGAGCCCCACCCACUAACUCCAGUGACCCCCACACCCCAUUCGGACCCUGUGGUAAGAAAGCAGGUGGUUCAGAAUCUCAUGGCACAGAUGCAGGGACCAUACAACUUCAUGCAGGAUUCCAUGCUUGAGUUUGAUGGGCAGGCCCUUGAUCCAGCUAUUGUAUCGGCGCAACCUAUGAAGCCGGCCCAAAGAAUGGAGAUGUCAGCAAUUGUGUGUCAACCAGCUCACCAAGAUUCUGGUCUCGCACAGCCUCCAGCUGUACCCAUUCAACCUGAACCAACGCAAAUACUCAUGGUCUCUCCAUCACCAGAAGCCUUCUCCACACAACCCACACUGUACCAAUCCUCUCACACAGCUGACCCUCGACAACAGACAGACUCCAUUGAUCCAAUUCAGACCUCCAUGCCCCUGACAGAGCAGCCACCUCCAUCCCCAUCUCUCCCUCAGGCCUCCCCAACUCCAGUAUUUCAGCCCAGCUCCAAACCUCUGCACAGCGGCGGCAUCAACGUCAAUGCGGCACCAUUCCAGUCCAUGCAAACGGUGUUCAACCUUAAUGCACCUGUCCCUCCAGCUAAUGAUACAGACUCAAUAAAGCAGACCAGGCAGUACCAGAACAGUUACAACCAGGGUUUUAAUAACCAGACGCAGCACCCUGUGGAGCAAACGGACAUGCCACCAGAGCAGCUCCAGUCUGUGGUUGGUGCCUUCCAUUCUCAAGACCAGUCGCUUUCUAACUCUACUGGCCACCAGCCAAUGUCCCAGCAGCCAAGUGGUCAGGGCAACGGGUUCAGCCGUCAAGCACAGUCUUUCUAUAACAGCAGAGGAGUGUCUCGAGGCGGUCCGCGAAACUCACGCGGUGUGAUCAACGGCUACAGAGGACCAUCCAAUGGUUUCAGAGGGGGAUACGACGGUUAUCGGCCACCUUUCUCCAACUCUGCAAACUCAGGAUAUGGACAACCCCAGUUCAGUACACCACGGGACUAUUCUAACGGCAACUACCAGAGGGAUGGUUACCAACAGAACUACAAACGCGGUGCUGCUCAAGGAACCCGAGGGGUGUCCCGAGGAAAUGCUUCAGCCAUGCGAUCUUAAGUCUUGAAGACUGACCCUGACCUGAUGACUGACCUUGCUUCCUGGACCACAUGAACAUUUAAAAACAUGUCCUGUCCCCCUGGAUUGAUCAAACAGUUCUUAUUCUGAAAUGUUAAAUUUGAAAUGGUUCAAAAUUGAGAUCACAAGCUCAAAACUGAAGAUUUUAAAGCUACCCUGUGUUUCUAACAGAUUCCUGUAAACUUGAACAACUUCGUUAACUUAUUUUUUUGUAUAAAAUAAAACUCUUGUACCUGCCACAACUGGUCCUGUACUGAGAGUUCACUUUCUGCUCCACGGUUUUGCUCACACUAACUCGUUUGGGUUCUAACAUUUUUUUUCAUUUGGUACAUUUUAAAGAUGCUCUCGGCCCCUCAGUUUGUAAAGUUAUUGUUGCCUCGAGUUUCAAUAAAGAUGUGUUGCAUUAA